AUGUCAAAAUACGCAAACUCUCUUGAUGCCAUAAUCAUCGGCGCCGGGCCGGCAGGCAUAGCCAUGGCCUACCAGCUGAAGCACAAUCUCGGUUUCCACGACUUUACCAUUUAUGAUAAACUCGACGGUGUCGGCGGGACCUGGCGCACCAAUACUUACCCGGGAUGCGGUUGCGAUCUUCCAUCCCAUCUCUAUUCUUUCAGCUUCAACCUGAACCCGGACUGGUCCCAGGAACUGUGUGAGCAGCCUGAGAUACUGCAGUACAUGGAGGAUACCGUUGACAAGUUCGACAUCCGCAAGCAUGUGCAGACGUCGGUUGAAUGCAUUGGAGCAGAGUGGCACUCCGAUCUCUCGAAAUGGAAAGUGCACCUUAAGGAUAUCCUGACGGGCAUCGAAUACUACAGAUACUCUUCGGUCUUCGUAUCAGCGGUUGGCGCAAUCUCAUAUCCGCGCGACGUCAAGUUCAAAGGGAUGGAGAAUUUCAACGGUCCAAUGUUCCACACAGCUCGUUGGGACCACAGAAUCAGCUGGAAGGGGAAACGUGUCGCAGUGAUUGGCAACGGUUGCAGUGCUGCACAAGUCGUCCCCGCCAUGGCCGAGACCGCUGGCUUUGUGAAGCAGUAUGCUCGUAGCGGGCAAUGGUUUCAUCCACGGCCAAAUCACAGAUUCACCAACGCCGAGAAGUGGGCCUUCAAAUGGAUUCCGCUGUGGCAGCGUCUCUUGCGGCUGUCGAUAUUUCUCGAAGCUGACGAGCAAACCACUGCCUAUUUCCCGACAGCUAGGGGCAAGCGCCUUCGCGCUGUAGCAGAAAAAGAGGCUACGGAGUACAUCCGUUCGAAAGCUCCGAAGAAGUACUGGGACUUCAUAGUGCCAAAUUUUCCGCUUGGCUGCAAACGACGCAUCUUCGACCCGGACUAUCUGGAAUCGCUGCGCAGGCCGAAUGUCGAGCUCCUCAAUCACGGGAUAGAGGAGAUUACCGAGACCGGCAUAGUUUCUUCUGGUGGCGAUGUGGAUCAUUUCGACAUAAUUGUCCUCGCCACCGGCUUCCAGGUCGCUAAAUUCUUAACACCUAUGAAGAUCAUUGGAGCUCAUGGGGCUUCUUUGCAGAACCAAUGGAAUGAGUGUAGGGGAGCCCAAGCAUACCUGGGGACAUAUGUUCACAACUUCCCCAACCUGGCCAUCCUGUUCGGUCCGAACACCUUCCCAGCCAACAACUCCGCUCUCUUUGCGUGCGAGACCCAAGUUGAUUAUACCAUCAAGUCUCUAUUCACUCCUCUCAUUGAUGGCCGCGCAAAAGUCAUUGAGGUGAAGCGGAGCGCAGAGGAGUCGUCGACACAAGCAAUCCACAAGAACCUUACCGCCAGCGUAUUUUCUGGCGACUGUUCCAAUUGGUACAUCGGCGAGUUUGGCAGAAACGCCGCUUCAUGGCCCGGCUUGGCCCGUACGUUCUGGUUUGCAACAUAUUUCCCGAACUGGAAAGCGUUCAACUUCGAAGGCGGGAGCAAGAUGUGGCGCAUCAUGGCGUUCAAAAGAUGGUUGUGGACCACCACUAAUAUCACGCGCCUUGCGGCCGUUGCUGUGAUUGCGGGAGUAGCUUUCCAACCACAUAUGGAUACUAACACUGUCUCAAGCACGAUACUGGCAAACUUGCGGCAUAUUGGUCACGCAUUGCUUUCAUGGCUACAUUGA